GGUGACACAGAGGCUAAUCAAUUUUUAGCCAUACUGAACAAAUAUACUUUUUAAUUGCAUAAAUCACUUUCUAGCAAGCAAAACCUGCUAUUACAAGGCCUAUUUCACAAUAAGAGGCUUCUGAGGUAAACAUUUGGAACUGGAUGGUCAGUAAACUGCAGAGUAGGGUUGUCAUAAGUAAACUGUGGCUGUAAUUAAAAGUCAUUACAGCCUCCUGUUUAUUGUAUUACCAUUCAUUUUGGCUAUGUAGUAAAACUCUCUCAAUUUGAAAUUUUUUGUUUGUCAUGUCAAUUUUAUUGUACACACAACAGCACACUGUUUAGAUUUUGCAUGCAUUAACAUGGGUAAAAUAUGACUGAAUAAAAAAAAUAAAUAAAUAAAUAAAAAAAAAAAAAGAAAAUAUGAUUUCAGUUUCCAAAAAGUCUUUAUAGCAUUUCAUUAGACAUUUCAUUUUAAAAUGCAACUUUUUCAAAAUAAGUUCAUGUUUAACAUUUCAGCCUAUCCUGUCCCCAUUAAACAUUUUGAUGAGAUUUUCCAAGUAUAUUAUAAUGAAGCUGAAGUUGAUCCCCACAUAACCAAUACUAUGAACAAUAAAAUGUAUUUUGAACAGAAAUGUAUUUCUGUAUCUUUAUAUUUUCAUCAUAAUUUUCUAAGUAGUCAAAAAUGUGCUCUUGUACAGUCAUUAUGGUUUAAUUAAGGCAGUGUUCCCGCUGAAUUGCUUGGCUGCUGCUCAUUGGUUUGUAGGCCACCCUUAAUUGGCAAUUAAGCAGUCGCUGCCUCAAAGUCUAGAACACGUUGAGUGGUAUCUUAUUAUACCGCUAGCAUGGAUGCAACACUGCAUCAUCAUAUUUUGACUUUUAAGAGCCAAGGAACUUUCCCACCUGGCCUUUCACCUUCCCAGAAAUCCAAUUUUCACCGAAAAGCAAAGAGCUUUGAAGUCCAAGGUGAGUUAAUUGUCUAUUUUCAUAUGUGCAUAUACUUGCACAAAAUCCCGAUUGUAUUCUUUGCUCUCAUGUAUACUUUUCUGAGAUUGUGUCAAAUUUCCAAAUAAUAUCUGUAUGUGUGUACAGUAUGUAUGUAAAACAAGAGUACUAAAGGUUAACUGGUGAACAUGGUCACAUUUGUUAAUUAUUUAACAUGCAUUUAGUAAUGGGUGGUGGUGGGGUGGGUCUGGUAGGUUUUAGGUACAUGUAAAUGUGGAUAUUAUAGAACUGUUGAAAGUGUCAGGUGAUAUUUUUCAAAGGACAUCUCAUUUUGCUUUUGACUUCAAAAUUAUUCUUAGUUUUUCCAACAGUUUACUACAACCCACUGCAAACGGUUUAGUAGCACUUUGAUUGAGUUUAUAACUGUCCAAUAAGGUGGAUUAAUUUGAUAUAACAUGGUUUUCAGAGAUGAUGUAAAAAUAUUUUCCUUUAAUUUCUUUUGCUCUCUCAGAAAGAUGUCAUAUUUCUUAGGUUGUAAAUAUGUGCUGAUUUUCUAAAUGCUUUUGGUAUGCACUGUCCAAUCAAUUGUAAAAGAACAAUAUAAUUUCUCACAUAAUUUAUCUGAUUAACAUUGGACAAAAAAGAGGGUAGUUUUGUGGACUCAUUCUUUCAAAAAUAUCUUACACACUUUAUGAACUGUAUUUGCCUCAUGCUCAGAAACAUAACUUUCUUGCCCUUGAUUAUAUCUCACUGAUUUACAUCUUCAAACAAACACUCAUAAUUGCUGGUGUAUCUGACAACCUCCUUAUGAUAACUUCCAAAUUGUAAAUUUGAACCUCUAAAAGUGAUUACCACAGCUUGAUUUCUAAGUGUUUAAGCAAAUCUAAGAGUUGAUGAUUUGAAUGUACAAAUUGACUGGUAGUUUCAAUGUCAUUCAGCGUUUACAUUUCGUACAGUGUACAUGGGACACGAUGGAAUGCUCCUAGCACUCUGUUAUACUUUACUAUUUUUAGUUCUACAUAUAUUUUUUUAAUUCUCCACUUCAAAUAUAUGUAUUUUCACCCAUGUUAACUGCAAAUUCAAUAAUGUUAACUUUAUAAAUAUCUCUUUGACCGUUUUAUAAAGGAAAUUAUGUAUUUCUCUCACUAAUCACAGAUGGACAGCUAUUCUACAUUCGCCACAAAGAUAAGCCCAAAUCUUUAAAGGCUAAGGUAGUAGUUGGCCAAAAGGAGGCCAAUGAAGUUUUUCUUGAUUUUCAUGCCAGCAGCAGUGGUGCACACUGUGGGCAAAAGAAGACAAGGGAUGCAAUCUCUCAAAGGUUUUACUGGCCUGGAAUGUCAGAAGACAUUACUUUGUGGGUGAGUCAGUGUGUGGCAUGCCAGGCCAGCACAGUAAAGAUAAAACAAGAGGUAAGUCAGCCAUUUGAGUUACUUGGCAUGGAUCUUGUGGGAAAACUUAAAACCACAUCGGAUGGAUACCAGUACAUAUGUGUACUGAUUGAUUACUACACGAAGUGGCCACAAGCUUAUCCCUUAAAGACCAAAAGUGCAGAGGAAGUGACCAAGUGUCUUUUAAAGUUUGUAUAUCAGUUUGAGGCCCCAAAACGGGUCCUGACUGAUCAAGGAAAGGAGUUUGUGAAUGAGAUCAAUAAAAAGGUGUGCAAAAUGCUGGGUAUUCAGCGAAGCCUUUGUGCCCCGUACCACCCCCAAACAAAUGGGUUGGUGGAAAGAAUGAAUGGCACCAUACAGAGAGCACUUUCUAAACUGGUCCAGAGUAAACCAGAGGAGUGGGAAAAACAUUUGGAUGCUGUUUUAUUUGGCCUCCGAACAAAGCGUCAGGUGACCACCAAAUUAUCUCCCUAUUUUAUGAUGUUUGGCAGGGAAGCCAGGUAUCCAACUGAAAUCCCAGAAGAUUACAGGGUUGACAACAGUGUGGAGGAGAAUUUGUCUAUUGAGGAAGCAACUGAAAACAUUGUUAAACGGGAUGAAGCCAUUCAGGCUGUGUUGUCCUCAAAAAGUAUUCCCAAAAGCACCAAGUGCAAAGUUGAAGCCACCCAUAAGUUUGAUGUGGGGAUGAAAGUGUGGCGACUCAAUCCAAGAAGACAAAGGCAAAAAGGAGGAAAGUUGGACCAAAAAUUCCUUGGGCCCUACACUAUCGUGUCUAUUAGUGGAAAAAGUGUUGAUCUGAAGGACAGCCAAGGUGUGAUCACAACUAAAAUAAACACAGAUCACCUGAUGUGUUACAAGGAGGAGAAGCCCAGGGUGCCCCGGAAGUGCAAGGAAGUCUCACUCACCACAGCUGUGUCUGAAUCCAUGCUCACUACACCGGUCUCCUCACUUCAGCCUGCCCCACCCGUGUCUUCGUCCCAUCCUGCCACACCUGAGCCUUCAUCCCAUCCUGCCACACCUGAGCCUUCGUCCCAUCCUGCCACACCUGAGCCUUCUUCCCAUCCUGACAAACCUGAGCCUUCAUCCCGUCCUGCCACACCUGGGCCUUCGUCCCAUCCUGCCACACCUGAGCCUUCUUCCCAUCCUGCCACACCUGAGCCUUCGUCCCAUCCUGCCACACCUGAGCCUUCAUCCCAUCCUGACAAACCUGAGCCUUCAUCCCGUCCUGCCACACCUGAGCCUUCAUCCCAUCCUGACAAACCUGAGCCUUCAUCCCGUCCUGCCACACCUGGGCCUUCGUCCCAUCCUGCCACACCUGAGCCUUCAUCCCAUCCUGCCACACCUGAGCCUUCAUCCCGUCCUGCCACACCUGUGUCCAUUGUGACACCCACCUCCUCAGGACCGAAUCCUUCAGGCUCUGGUUUUCUAAACUGUACCUUGGAUCCCUCAGUUGUCAAAAAUGUGAAAGAUGCAUGGGAAGGGGAAAACAGUGGUGUUCUUGUGUCCAAAAUUGGACCAUAUAAGUUAUUUUUUGGUGACAUUUUCAACACGGCCCCUCAAAGAGAACUGGAAAGUGAGGUUAUAAAUGCAUACCUGACCGUGCUGGUGAGAAAAUUCAAUGACAAAAACACAGAAAGGGCAUUUGUCAUUGACUCCUUUGAAAUGACAAACAUAUGGCAACAGAAAAAACCAAAGAUAAAAAUUGACCCGGUUUUAUACAAGUACGUCCUAGGGAUAGUCAAUGAGAGCCAUCACUGGAUGCUAGUGGUCAUGUUACCAGGAGAGAAGAGGAGUCUUUUCCUGGAUCCAUUGGGUGAGAGCACAUCCAAAAUAAAUCACUGCAAAGACAUUUCCAGAUCAUUCAUGAGACUCAAGGGUUUAAAUGCAUCCAGAUGGAAAUGUGACACAGUCAGUCACCCAAUCCAAAAAGAUGCCACUUCAUGUGGUGUCUAUGCAUUAAAGUUUGCUGAGUGCAUCCUGAGUGGCCUUCCUGUUGCAUUUGACAACUCAGUGAAAACCAUACAUGAAAUGAGAGAGCAGAUUGCGAUCUGCCUCCUGGAAAACACAGACGACUUGACUGAACUUUGCCAUCUUUGUGGGCUGGUGAAUGGUGACACCCACUGGAUUGGGUGUGACUUGUGCCCACGAUGGUAUCACCGAAACUGCCUGAAAAAGAAAACAAGGAAAAAGUUUGUCUGUGAAGUGUGUCAGAAGAAGAAAUAAUGUCUUCAUUUGGCUGAUUACUACUUUGAUUUUUUUUUUAUAUUUUUUUUUAUUUUAUGGUAUUUGGGGCAAACACCGGGCAGCUGUAUGCCUAUGUCACUGACAGAAAGACACAAAGGUCUGAUAAGAGGUAGUUGACUUUUAAAGGUUAGUGUUUUUCAUUUGAACAGACAUGUUUAUAUGUUGACAGAAAAAAGCAUUUCGUAAAAUUUCAUUUGGAAAUGCAUGAUGCAAAGGCAAUCUGUGUGGUGAUGUUUUCAUUAAAAUCUAUUUGACAAAAUAAAACAAUUCUAAGAUUCUGAUUCAUUUAAUCAAU